AUGUCUUCAUAUCUCGGCCUCGAAAAGAAUAUCUCUUACUUUACUAUCCCGGCGGCGGUCAUUCUGGCCCUACUGCCGCGAGUGUACUCAGGUCUCACGGGACCGGGUAAGAAGUUCUUCGACCCUAACAAUCCACGUACAUUCACGUCCAAGCUUGAUACUGCCGAACUUGAUAAGAAAUUAAGGGGCCGGCUACAACGCGCCGAAUCAGCAGUGGCUAAUGCCUUUGAAAAUCUCGGCGUUUACACCGCGGCCGUGACAGCCGGCAAUGCCGCAGGCCUCCCUGUAGGAACACUAAAUAAUCUAACCUUGGGUUAUUUGACGGCUCGCGUGAUCUACACGUGGAUUUACAUUUGGGGCCAAGAAAACCGAAGGAUCACUCCCUUCAGGACGAUAGUCUGGGGGAUCGCCAUGAGUUGCUGUAUGGCGUUAUUCUCCCUUGCCGGGAUCCAGAGUCUAUGA